CUGGCAGAAUGUGGCGUCUCUGCGGAUUCGUUCUGCUUGCUUGUGGUCUUAUUUUUGGCCAAACCAGUGUGGAGGAUCUCAGCAAGGCUGCACCGGAUGAGGAUGACCCAAUUGGGAGUAAUAAAGAGCUCUCGGACCUGGUCAUCACCACAGCUCUGGGCAAGAUCCGCGGUACCAUUCUGCCCUCCCAAUCAGGUCGCAAUUUCUACGCCUUUCGUGGAAUUCCAUACGCUAAACCACCGGUGGAUCGCCUUCGUUUCCAGCCCCCUGAACCUGUGGAGCAAUGGUUUGAUAUUCUAGACGCCACCUUUGAUGGUCCCAAGUGCCCUCAACUGGGUCUUAUUAGUGGCGAUGUGAGCGAGGAUUGCCUACGUGUUAAUAUAUACACUAAGGAGCUGCCCAGCGAGUCACAGCCGAAUAUACGAAGACCCGUGAUCGUCUUCAUUCACCCAGGAGGUUUCUACUCAUUAUCCGGUCAGAGUAAGAAUUUCGCGGGUCCUCAGUACUUCAUGGAUCGUCGAUUGGUCCUGGUUACGUUCAAUUACCGUCUGGGAUCACUGGGUUUCCUGGCAACAGGCAGCAAGGAAGCUCCUGGGAAUAUGGGACUUAAAGAUCAGGUGCAGCUCCUUCGAUGGGUCAAGCUGCACAUCUCUCGAUUCGGAGGAGAUCCGUCUUCCAUUACUCUUUUGGGUUAUGGCGCUGGUGCAAUGGCUGUAACCCUGCAUAUGGUUUCCCCCAUGUCAAGGGGUCUCUUUCAUAAAGCCAUCGUGAUGAGUGGAGCAGUCACGGGUCAGUGGGCAUUGCCGGACCACCAAAUGGAUGUGGCCACCAAGCAGGCAACGCUGCUCCACUGUCAUACGGAGAAUGUCACCGAAAUGGUUGAUUGCCUAAGGGGGAAACAUUACCUGGAAUAUGCAAACACCUUGCCAAAAAUGUUUGAGUUUGACAGGAACAAUCCUUUGAUUCUCUGGAAACCUGUUAUUGAGCCGGACUUUGGACAGGAACGGUUUCUGGUUGAGGAUCCUAUUAAAAGCUAUCAAAACGAUGAUUUCAUGAAGGUGCCUAUCAUAACGGGAAUGACCAAGGAUGAGUUUGUGGGACCAGCUUUAGCCAUCCUUCAAAGUCCCUCUCAGUUGAGCGCCCUCAACGAGAACUUCGAGUCUUUGGCUCCUGUAUUCUUUAUGUACAACUCAAGCGAUCCACGGGUGUCCAAUAUUACCCAAGAACUAAGGAAUCACUACUUCCAGCAGCAGCCCAUUGAAGCCAAUCGUUCCCUGGAGGCCUUGUCCAAUCUUUACUCAGAUGCUUUGACUGGUUUUGGCAUUCAUCGUUUUGUCCAUUUGGCUGCCAGAUCAACGAAGGUUUACUACUAUCGAUUUUCGUAUCCGGGUUCAAGGAGUCACAUUUAUUAUCCAGAAGAUGCACCCUAUGGGGUUGUUCACCAUGACGAUCUGAUGUAUCUGUUUGUGGAACCCUCCAUCAGUCGCAUGUUCACUGAAGAUGAUGACGAAUUCCGUAUGGUGGAUAUUAUGGUCAGAAUGUUCUCGGCCUUUGCUUAUAAGGGCGAUCCCAAUAAACCCACUGACUUGGCUCUGAGGGACAUCCGCUGGCGUCCUUUUAGCUUCAAGAAGAGAUACUACCUAGAUAUUGGCAAACACCUAACUCUUCAGGAGAACCUCAAUGCCGAACGCUAUGAGAUCUGGAAAAGACUCUUUCCCCUCAACUGGCGUCGCCAGACAAAAGAGGUUUAAGGGGUAGUGUUUAGCUUACAACUGUACU